UUAUGUCAGCAAGUGAGGGUGGUUGGGGGGAGGAUCUCCUACCUUCUUCGCCAGCUUCCUCCUUCUCGGGCACCAAGGGGGAGGGGUCGGGGCAGUGGCAGCGUGUAUAUAAGCCUGUUCACUGAGGUUCGAGUCACAAGUAGCUUCACCACUGCUGCGAAGUCAACUCCCAUCCUCCUCUCCCGCCACGCCUGCCUCACGUGCUCCAAACACAACACACUAGCAAUGGCAUUCUCAAGCCUAUUCCAGACUUUGGUUGUCGCCCUGGUGGUGUGUGUGUCUGCCACGGUUGCCAUUCCACCAGGCGUUCUGCCGUUCCUUGGACGGCAGAAUGAGGCUCCCAGGCCCGACAUGCUUGACUGUUCACCGUCGCCUAACGGCAAGCCUCUGCCAGCCGGGUGCCGAGAGACCGGAGAAGUCACCUACCGGUCUGAGGACCGGGAUGUGGUGGAGGUGGUGGAUGGGGGCAAGAACACCAUUGUGGUGGAGGACGAGCACGCAGGAACCUUCGUCAUCAGGGUGCCUGAGCAGCCUGUCUUCAAGAGGAGGAAGUGCUUCUUCCGCCACAUUUACGUCGCAGAAUUGGACAUCUGCGUGAUGCCCCGUUACCGCUACCAGCCAGGAUCCUUCAAGUAUCCCGGACUCACCGCUUAUUACUGAACGUAAAGGUUCAUAUCUUUUCGAUUUUCAAACCAGUAACAGUAAUGAUAAUAAUAAUACUUAACAGCAUCGUAAAUGACAAAUACAGUACACAGUAUUAACAAGGAUCCUUUCUGUUUUUCUGUAACUUUAAUGUGAUAUUUUAUUACUAUUUUUAUUAUUAUAUAUACAGUAAACAUUUAUAUAGAUUUGUAUAUUUGUGCUCUCAUGUCUCUUGAAAAAAGUUGUAGUUUUGUAUA